AUGUCCGUCCGGACAACACAUAAAACAUUCGAUCCACACAUCAUCCUCAAAGCAAGAGACCUCAUCAAACUACUCGCAAGAGGGGUUGCGAUCACGCAGGCUCAGAAGGACAGGUUUGUGAAACGGAGACAACGGAUUAUUGGACCGGAUGGGAGUACGCUGAAGGCCAUUGAGCUAUUGACUCAGUGCUACAUUCUUGUACAAGGGAAUAUCGUCAGCGUCAUGGUCCUCGACUGCAUGAAAAACAUUCAUCCCAUCUACCGCAUAAAGAAGGGAACUCGCAAAAGAUUUCAAAUUAGCAACAGAGUCCCGGGACCGGUUCCUCCCCACGUUCAGGAACAUCUGAAGACCUCCGAAAAGACGAUGAAGAAGAACGGGAAAGUCAUUGCCAAGGAAGAAGCGCGCAAGGCUUCAGGCCUUGAUGCAUCGAGUUCCGACAAAAAGGAGAAACCAGCGAAGAAAGUGUACACACCCUUUCCCCCACCACAACAAUUACGGAAGGUUGACCUUCAGCUCGAGUCGGGAGAGUAUUUCCUCAAGCCCCAUGAAUGGGAGGCCCGGGAAGUUCAACAAAGAAAACAAAAGCAAGCCGAAGCAACCCUCAAACGACGAGCAGAAUGGGCAGAAGUAUACGUCGCUCCCACAGGAGAGGCGGCCCCCACAGUUGAGGAGAAAUGA